AGCACAUAACGUCCCUCUUGCGGCUCGUGCUUCAAUUGACAGCCGUUUGUUGCCUUUCAGACAGUGCUGGGCUGGUAGCAGCCGAACGAAGAGGUGGCAUAGGGACCCCGUUUGGAAAGUUUCAGAAGAUGGCGGCUGGACCGCACGUGCUGGUGUUACUGCUUCUGUCGAUCACUGCAACGCAAGCUGUAAGGAAGGUGAGGUGCCCGGACCGCAGCUACUGCAAAUUAGGCUCAACGUGUUGCCUGCAGAAGGACGGUAAAUAUGGCUGUUGUCCGUAUGAACUGGCCCAAUGCUGCAGUGACCAUGCCCACUGCUGUCCCGAGGGCUACACCUGUCUGGUAUCGGAUGGGACAUGCGUCCGUGCUACGUUCACCAGAAUGGCUGCGCAGGUGCUUGACACCAGUGAGCACAAAGAGGACGAAGACAUCGAAAGAACCCUUGCCCUUACGUGUCCAGAUGGGACGACAUGCACAGAAGACUCGACGUGUUGCCAGCUGAAAGGAGGUGACUACGGCUGCUGCCAGUUCAAGGACGCAGUGUGCUGCCCCGACCAGGAUCACUGCUGUCCAGACGGAUACAGUUGCGGACCCGAUGGCACCUGCACGAAAGACGCGAGGACAGUUCCUAUGGCCAAAAAGUACCAGUCUUUGAAGCCUAACCUUCCGGUCAAGGAAAAUACUGUCUUCAUCAACAUAUCCCGACCUGUCAGCAGCUUUGGCGACGUCCUCUGUCCUGACGGAAAUGUCUGCGAUCCUGGAUCAACCUGUUGUGAGAUUGCUGAUGGAGCGUACGGUUGCUGUCCGCUCCUGAACGCCGUGUGCUGCAGUGAUAAGGUUCACUGCUGCCCCUCAGGAUAUCGAUGCGAUACUUCUGAAGGGAGAUGCCUUCUCAAGCACGAAGUCAGACCCACGGUCUUGCAGCAGUCGACAAACGACGUUGGAGUACGGGUGCAAGGCCUGUACGUUGAAUGUCCUGAUCACAGUUUCUGCGGUGACGGAUCCACCUGUUGUCUCUCUACGAGUGGCCGGUACGCAUGCUGUCCAUACAGCAAUGCGGAAUGCUGCAGUGACCACGUGCACUGCUGUCCUGAGGGAUACCGCUGUCUUAUCUCCAGGGGAUCCUGCGUCAGAGUAUCGACACGAAUUGCAGCGAAUCGAAUCUCCCCUGCAACCUCGCAACGCAUGCUGCUGUCCUUCCAAAGUCAGUACGUGCAGUGUCCCGACCGCUCGUAUUGCCCUACCAACAGCACUUGUUGUCUCCUAACAACUGGUCGUUAUGGCUGCUGUCCUUACGACCAUGCUGAGUGUUGUAGCGACCACAGAAGUUGCUGUCCCGAGGGCUACCGCUGCCAAGUAUCUUCGCAUACCUGCACGAAAGGUUCCACAAGUAUUGCAAUGUCAGAGAAGCGCCCAUCGCUCAGUCUGGACGUGGUGCUGUCCAUACAGAGUCAAUACGUCCCGUGCCCCGAUCGUUCCUAUUGCCCUACCAACAGCACUUGUUGCCUCCUAACAACUGGUCAGUAUGGCUGCUGUCCUUACGACCAUGCUGAGUGUUGUAGCGACCACAGAAGUUGCUGUCCCGAGGGCUACCGCUGCCAAGUAUCUUCGCAUACCUGCACGAAAGGUUCCACAAGUAUUGCAAUGUCCGAGAAGCGCCCAUCUCUCUCUCUGGACGUGGUGCUGUCCAUACAGAGUCAAUACGUCCCGUGCCCCGACCGCUCUUAUUGCCCUACCAACAGCACUUGUUGCCUCCUAACAACUGGUCAGUAUGGCUGCUGUCCUUACGACCAUGCUGAGUGCUGUAGCGACCACAGAAGUUGCUGUCCCGAGGGCUACCGCUGUCAAGUAUCUUCGCAUUCCUGCACGAAAGGUUCCACAAGUAUUGCAAUGUCCGAGAAGCGCCCAUCUCUCUCUCUGGACGUGGUGCUGUCCAUACAGAGUCAAUACGUCCCGUGCCCCGAUCGUUCCUAUUGCCCUACCAACAGCACUUGUUGCCUCCUAACAACUGGUCAGUAUGGCUGCUGUCCUUACGACCAUGCUGAGUGUUGUAGCGACCACAGAAGUUGCUGUCCCGAGGGCUACCGCUGCCAAGUAUCUUCGCAUACCUGCACGAAAGGUUCCACAAGUAUUGCAAUGUCCGAGAAGCGCCCAUCUCUCUCUCUGGACGUGGUGCUGUCCAUACAGAGUCAAUACGUCCCGUGCCCCGACCGCUCUUAUUGCCCUACCAACAGCACUUGUUGCCUCCUAAGAACUGGUCAGUAUGGCUGCUGUCCUUACGACCAUGCUGAGUGCUGUAGCGACCACAGAAGUUGCUGUCCCGAGGGCUACCGCUGUCAAGUAUCUUCGCAUUCCUGCACGAAAGGUUCCACAAGUAUUGCAAUGUCCGAGAAGCGCCCAUCUCUCUCUCUGGACGUGGUGCUGUCCAUACAGAGUCAAUACGUCCCGUGCCCCGAUCGUUCCUAUUGCCCUACCAACAGCACUUGUUGCCUCCUAACAACUGGUCAGUAUGGCUGCUGUCCUUACGACCAUGCUGAGUGUUGUAGCGACCACAGAAGUUGCUGUCCCGAGGGCUACCGCUGCCAAGUAUCUUCGCAUACCUGCACGAAAGGUUCCACAAGUAUUGCAAUGUCCGAGAAGCGCCCAUCUCUCUCUCUGGACGUGGUGCUGUCCAUACAGAGUCAAUACGUCCCGUGCCCCGAUCGUUCCUAUUGCCCUACCAACAGCACUUGUUGUCUCCUAACAACUGGUCGUUAUGGCUGCUGUCCUUACGACCAUGCUGAGUGUUGUAGCGACCACAGAAGUUGCUGUCCCGAGGGCUACCGCUGCCAAGUAUCUUCGCAUACCUGCACGAAAGGUUCCACAAGUAUUGCAAUGUCCGAGAAGCGCCCAUCUCUCUCUCUGGACGUGGUGCUGUCCAUACAGAGUCAAUACGUCCCGUGCCCCGAUCGUUCCUAUUGCCCUACCAACAGCACUUGUUGCCUCCUAACAACUGGUCAGUAUGGCUGCUGUCCUUACGACCAUGCUGAGUGUUGUAGCGACCACAGAAGUUGCUGUCCCGAGGGCUACCGCUGCCAAGUAUCUUCGCAUACCUGCACGAAAGGUUCCACAAGUAUUGCAAUGUCCGAGAAGCGCCCAUCUCUCUCUCUGGACGUGGUGCUGUCCAUACAGAGUCAAUACGUCCCGUGCCCCGAUCGUUCCUAUUGCCCUACCAACAGCACUUGUUGUCUCCUAACAACUGGUCGUUAUGGCUGCUGUCCUUACGACCAUGCUGAGUGUUGUAGCGACCACAGAAGUUGCUGUCCCGAGGGCUACCGCUGCCAAGUAUCUUCGCAUACCUGCACGAAAGGUUCGACAAGUAUUGCAAUGUCCGAGAAGCGCCCAUCUCUCUCUCUGGACGUGGUGCUGUCCAUACAGAGUCAAUACGUCCCGUGCCCCGAUCGUUCCUAUUGCCCUACCAACAGCACUUGUUGCCUCCUAACAACUGGUCAGUAUGGCUGCUGUCCUUACGACCAUGCUGAGUGCUGUAGCGACCACAGAAGUUGCUGUCCCGAGGGCUACCGCUGUCAAGUAUCUUCGCAUUCCUGCACGAAAGGUUCCACAAGUAUUGCAAUGUCAGAGAAGUGCCCAUCUCUCUCACUGGACGUGGUACUGUCCUUGCAAAGUCAGUACGUGCAGUGUCCCGACCGCUCGUAUUGCCCUACCAACAGCACUUGUUGUCUCCUAACAACUGGUCGUUAUGGCUGCUGUCCUUACGACCAUGCUGAGUGUUGUAGCGACCACAGAAGUUGCUGUCCCGAGGGCUACCGCUGCCAAGUAUCUUCGCAUACCUGCACGAAAGGUUCCACAAGUAUUGCAAUGUCAGAGAAGCGCCCAUCGCUCAGUCUGGACGUGGUGCUGUCCAUACAGAGUCAAUACGUCCAGUGUCCCGACCGCUCUUAUUGCCCUGCCAACACCACCUGUUGUCUCCUAACAACUGGUCGUUAUGGCUGCUGUCCCUACGACCAUGCUGAGUGUUGUAGCGACCACAGAAGUUGCUGUCCCGAGGGCUACCGCUGCCAAGUAUCUUCGCAUACCUGCACGAAAGGUUCCACAAGUAUUCCAAUGUCCGAGAAGCGCCCAUCGCUCUCUCUGGACGUGGUGCUGUCCAUACAGAGUCAAUACGUCCAGUGUCCCGACCACUCUUACUGCCCUGCCAACUCCACCUGUUGUCUCCUAACGACUGGUCGUUAUGGCUGCUGUCCUUACCAUCAUGCUGAGUGUUGUAGCGACCACAGAAGUUGCUGCCCCGAGGGCUACCGCUGUCAAAUAUCUAAGGGCACCUGCACGAAAGGUUCCGCAAGUAUUGCAAUGUCCGAGAAGCGCCCAUCUCUCUCUCUGGACGUGGUGCUGUCCAUACAGAGUCAAUACGUCCAGUGUCCCGACCACUCUUACUGCCCUGCCAACUCCACCUGUUGUCUCCUAACGACUGGUCGUUAUGGCUGCUGUCCUUACCAUCAUGCUGAGUGUUGUAGCGACCACAGAAGUUGCUGCCCCGAGGGCUACCGCUGUCAAAUAUCUAAGGGCACCUGCACGAAAGGUUCCGCAAGUAUUGCAAUGUCCGAGAAGCGCCCAUCUCUCUCUCUGGACGUGGUGCUGUCCAUACAGAGUCAAUACGUCCCGUGCCCCGAUCGUUCCUAUUGCCCUACCAGCAGCACUUGUUGCCUCCUAACAACUGGUCGUUAUGGCUGCUGUCCUUACGACCAUGCUGAGUGUUGUAGCGACCACAGAAGUUGCUGUCCUGAGGGCUACCGCUGCCAAGUAUCUUCGCAUACCUGCACGAAAGGUUCGACAAGUAUUGCAAUGUCCGAGAAGCGCCCAUCUCUCUCUCUGGACGUGGUGCUGUCCAUACAGAGUCAAUACGUCCCGUGCCCCGAUCGUUCCUAUUGCCCUACCAGCAGCACUUGUUGCCUCCUAACAACUGGUCAGUAUGGCUGCUGUCCUUACGACCAUGCUGAGUGCUGUAGCGACCACAGAAGUUGCUGUCCCGAGGGCUACCGCUGCCAAGUAUCUUCGCAUACCUGCACGAAAGGUUCCACAAGUAUUCCAAUGUCCGAGAAGCGCCCAUCGCUCUCUCUGGACGUGGUGCUGUCCAUACAGAGUCAAUACGUCCCGUGCCCCGAUCGUUCCUAUUGCCCUACCAGCAGCACUUGUUGCCUCCUAACAACUGGUCAGUAUGGCUGCUGUCCUUACGACCAUGCUGAGUGCUGUAGCGACCACAGAAGUUGCUGUCCCGAGGGCUACCGCUGCCAAGUAUCUUCGCAUACCUGCACGAAAGGUUCCACAAGUAUUCCAAUGUCCGAGAAGCGCCCAUCGCUCUCUCUGGACGUGGUGCUGUCCAUACAGAGCCAAUACGUCCAGUGUCCCGACCACUCUUACUGCCCUGCCAACUCCACCUGUUGUCUCCUAACGACUGGUCGUUAUGGCUGCUGUCCUUACCAUCAUGCUGAGUGUUGUAGCGACCACAGAAGUUGCUGCCCCGAGGGCUACCGCUGUCAAAUAUCUAAGGGCACCUGCACGAAAGGUUCCGCAAGUAUUGCAAUGUCCGAGAAGCGCCCAUCUCUCUCUCUGGACGUGGUGCUGUCCAUACAGAGUCAAUACGUCCCGUGCCCCGAUCGUUCCUAUUGCCCUACCAACAGCACUUGUUGCCUCCUAACAACUGGUCAGUAUGGCUGCUGUCCUUACGACCAUGCUGAGUGUUGUAGCGACCACAGAAGUUGCUGUCCCGAGGGCUACCGCUGUCAAGUAUCUUCGCAUACCUGCACGAAAGGUUCUACAAGUAUUGCAAUGUCCGAGAAGCGCCCAUCUCUCUCUCUGGACGUGGUGCUGUCCUUACAGAGCGGACCCGUGUUAUGCAGUGGUAACACAACACGCUGCGCAGAGGGCUCCACAUGCUGCCCUUUAGCCCACGGAGGCUAUGGCUGCUGUCCGUACAAAGAUGCUGAGUGCUGCUACGACGGCAUUCACUGUUGUAGCAGAGGCUACCACUGCGAUUUCACCGGCGCAUGCGUCUUCGGGCCAUCCACAUCAAACCCGCAAAAGAAGUUGCCUUCUGCGGGUGCACUGCUGUUUCAAAGUCUUUUCAGCUCUGAAAUCACGUGCCCCGACCAGACCAGGUGUCCAGGAGGCAGGACCUGCUGCAAGACGGAGGAUGGGAAGUACGGCUGCUGCCCGUUUUCAGAAGCCGUGUGUUGCGAUGACGGAGUCCACUGCUGCCCCACAGGACACCAAUGUAACCUCGCGGAGGGCACCUGCGAAAGCCAGGAGCAGAACCAAAUAGUGCCAAUGCUCAAGAAGUUCCCAAGCACUCCGGCGCCAUAGUUUUCUCAUCUCAUCAUUGCGCACGGGGUUCAAUGUUUCCUUUAAUGUUGUCACACUUUUACUAACACGAGAGAUUCUGUGAUCAUAACUCAUCGUUUUGUUCGGUACCAAGUCGGGAAAGGCUAUGUGUGUAUGGUUUGGUGCUGUGCAUCAUGACAGAAUAAAACUGCUGUCAGCCCCGA